AUGGGUAUAGCGAAUCACUGCAAAUUGCAGCUGACCUCGCUCCUCAUUAUACCCCGUUCUUUAAUUUCGCAUCCUCGUUUAUUGGAAGGUAAACGUGCUGAAUCUCGCCAGCUUGAUAAGACACCUGGCAAACCAUCGUUCCAGUAUAGGGUAUUCACUGUAGAUAGGUGCGAUAUCUAUAACACUCCAUGGAUCCUGAAACUCAUCCGCAAGCGACAUGACCCUGCUCAGGCCAAAAGCCCCAAUCUCGAAGAUGGAUUGCUAAAUUCAAGGGGCGAUUAUCGUUCCGUAGUAUCAAAUUGCCGUGUUAAACCGAAUAGCAUGUAUGGGAAUUCUGUGCCUCUGAUUGAUCUGCUUGGCAGAGUCAUAUCCUCUGUCCGUAACCUGAAAUCUAACGCGACAGCACUAACAGUACCGUGUCUCAGUUCCAAUAAGACAAACCUUGUUGUUAGCAUCCAGCCUAGGUACACGAAGCCACAUACAUGUACGAGAGAGGUCGGCCCAACUGAUACUGAGACUGAGACUGAUCAGGGCUAG